AUGGGACUGAAUAAUCCAAUUCCAAGGAGUCUAUCGAGUGAGGCAAGCAAAGCUGCAAAAGUGCUGGCAAGUUUUGUCAAGCCAAAUCAAGUGCUUGGGCAGGACCAGGUUAUUCCGCCCUCAGUUUUAAAGGAGGCUAAAGGUCUGGCAAUUAUCACUGUAUUGAAAGCUGGCUUUCUUUUCUCCGGGAGAGCAGGGUCCGGUGUUAUUGUUGCUCGACUAGAUGAUAGGUCGUGGUCUGCUCCGUCCGCAAUUGGAAUGGCCGGGGCAGGUGCCGGCGGGCUAAUCGGAGUUGAAUUAACAGACUUUGUCUUUAUCUUAAACUCCGAGGAGGCCGUUAGGUCAUUUUCUGAGUUCGGCACCUUGACCCUUGGUGGGAACAUGUCUGUCUCUGCGGGCCCACUUGGUAGGAAUGCAGAAAUGGACGCCUCUGCGUCGAUGGGAGGUGUAGCUGCAGUAUUUGCAUACUCUAAGAGCAAGGGUUUGUUUGCUGGCGUUUCUGUUGAAGGUUCUAUGAUAGUUGAAAGGAGAGAGGCAAACAGGAAGUUCUAUGGUGAUAAUUGUACCUCUAAGCAGAUUUUGUCCGGCCAGGUUCACAUACCACCCGGUACAGAACCGCUGUACCAGAUUCUUCAUUCCAGAGCUUUCAAUUAUAGCAACCAACGUGAUUUCGAUGACCAGUUUUAUGAUGAUAUUCCAGACUCCUUCAGUGACCGUAACUUCCUCCCACCAAGAUCCAGGGGCAAUCAAGACAUACCUUGUGACAUGCAAGGUGAUCGGUAUUAUUUGGAUGAUAGGAACGGUCAAGGUCGGGCACGGUACGAUCAAGGGUACGAUAACCAAAAUGCCACUUAUCGUGGUGAUAGAAACGAUGGAAUCUACCGUGAUGACAACUAUGGUCGCCAGCGUGACAGAGACUAUCGUACCGACAACUAUGGACGUCAGUCUGACAGAGACUAUCGCACCGACAAUUAUUAUGGUCGUCAGCCUGAUAAUGAUUAUCGUGAUGGCUACUACCGCCAAAAUGAUGGCUAUUAUGGUGCUGACCACUAUGGUCGGCAGCGAGAAAGAAGAUAUCAUGAUAAUUAUUACCAGAAUAAUAGCGGUUACGGUGCUAACAACUAUGGUCGCCCUCAAGACAGGGACUAUCCAGGCGGUAACUACGACAACACUCGCUCCAGGAACACCCACGAUACCAACAAUUAUCCCAGGUAUGGUAAAGAAGGCGAGGAUAAAGAAGGUGGUUAUAGACGGUAUCACGACAACUAUCCGCCCAAUGUGGCGGGGCAUGACAGAACGAAUGCUAGGAGACCUCCCCCUCCCGAUACACACUACGGUACAGGUAAUAAUAAUAUAACAGGUCAACAAGACAACGAAUACAGGUACCGUUCAGAAAAAGGAUAUCCACCUGAUAAUAACAGGGGUGGAAAUUUGUCAGGAAUCUAUGAGGGCAAUUUGAGAAACACUGGAGGUGGCGUAUCUGAUCCACGUGGAUUCUCCACGUAUCAGAAUGCUCCGCCAUCACAAGACCCAGUUUCACCAUCACUUGGACACCCUUCCGAACCCAACAUCGCGAAAGCUGUGGCUCUUUUCGAUUUUGGAGGAGCUGAACCCGGUGAUUUGACGUUCAAAAAAGGUGACGUUAUUACCAUUAUCAAGCGGUCACAGUCGCAAAACGACUGGUGGUUGGGUAGAAUAAACGAGAGAGAGGGAUUAUUUCCAGCAAAUUAUGUAGAGUGUGUUUAA